GGUUAUGCAGUGUUCUGUUGCAAGAUUCUCGGGCAGUGAUGUUGGGAUACUGACUACAACCGUCGGCGAAUAAACUAGGAUUUCUAGUCUGAUCCAUCGUUUGUGAACUGGGUUUUUCUUUAAACCAAUCACGUUCAUAACAAGUCAUUAUUAAGAGCUGCCAGAAGAUGUUGAGGCUUAAUUACAGGAGAUUCCAAGAAUAUGUUCAUCUUGCAUCACCUUGUUUCUCUAGAAAAAUUUCAUCCUCAAAGAGCUGCCUUAACAGGGAUUAUGGAAAAUGGGUGUGCAAAUUGCAUGACGAUGAAAAAUUGUUCAGUUAUGGACACAGAGUCGGACAAAAAUACAUAGUUGUGAAUCCCACCAUAAAUUCCCGGAAGCCCAUUACUGCUGAUAUCAUGAGACGAGCUCUGGAGCACUUGCAAAGGAAAUUGCCUAAUUUUCAACUCACAAUUAGAGAACGAGAUGGUGAACUUUGGUUUUUUAUGCCUGAUGAUGAAGCUGAGCUUGAUUUCAAGGUGCGUGAGAAGGGAACACCAGUAUUUCAGGCUAUGGAUGAGAUUUUACGACCUUUUGAUGAAGUGAAUGGUCCAAUGAACAGGUUCGAACUGAUUCCCGCUGAUGACAACGACCCCUGCUUGUUUCCUGACUUGAAGAAAAAGUAUCCUUACCAGUAUUAUUUAUUAGUUUGUCCACACCAUGCAGUUGUUGAUGGAUUUACGAAUGGAUUCUCUGUGAGUCAACUACCAGAUAUCCUUCGCACUCUCAUGGAAGGCAAAGAAUUGAAAGAUGACUCUCCAUUAGGUGAGUUCAUUUCCAAUGAAGAGUUUUUGCGUAUGUAUGAGCAAUGCACACAAGAACUUCUUCAAAAUCCCGAGGAGCUGACACGCGUGACAAAUGAGGUUUCAAGAGCAGACAAGAAGCCACUCCUUUUCGAAGCUUUUCCACCUCCAAAGGUAGAAACACUUCGUACUCGAUAUAUCACGACAGAAAUUGAUGAAAUUUCUAUCAAGAAAAUUUUGGGAAGGUGCAAGGAGAGAGGAAUCACUUUUGGAAAUGUCUUUCAAGGUAUUACAACAACUGCCUUGGUAGAGUUGGUGCAGGAAGCUGGCGUGAGGAGAGAUAGUUACGACAUCAGCGUAUUGUACAAUGCUGACCUGCGCCGUUACAUGAAGAAACAAACCAAACCGAUUUUGGGACUACACAUGAGUAGAAUGACUGCAGCAUAUUCAGUCGAUGGAAAUGUCAGGGAUCAGUUCUGGAGUAACUGCACUAAGAUUCAAUUGCAGAACCAAGAGCUCCUCAAAGACAAGGCCAUUAUCAAGCAAGAAGUUGUUCGUCAGUUAUAUUUGCCUUAUACACCACCUGAGGAUUUCUACAAAUCUAAGCCUGAGAUAACAGUUGAUUUUCAGUGUAAUAACAUUGGGAAUUUUGGAGACCUUGGCAACAAUGAAGAAGUCAUUUAUACAAAUACACCUGGUUACUCUCAAAUACACUUUUCCAAGUGUCCAUUUUAUCAUUCAAUGUUCACUUUUAAGGGAAAAGUGAUAAGCACUCUUGGUUAUGCUACAGAUUUAGUGACAGAUCAGACAGCUUUAGCUCUUGUUGAGAAAAUAAAAUGUCUUUUCAAAUACUUCAGUGAAUAGCAUGACAUGUUUGGGUAAUUCUUGGAUGUAUUGAUUCUAGAGAAGUUUUUUUUUACUGUAUGUUUUGUUUACAUGACGUAUGAUAUUAUAUACUUGAAAUUGAGGGUUAUGGAAUUUAGGCUAAGCACCGGAAAACUUGGACCACUCAGUGCUUAAAGCAAUGCAAAGAAGGAGUUGGCUUAUUUUGACAGCAAGAUAAAAAGAUCCACAACAUAAAGAAGACGAGUAUGCAGACCUAAAUGGGUAACUGGGAGAAAACUCUUAUGUAUGUUUGCUUACUUAAAGAGGAUAGGAGACUGCCAUGGUAAAUCCUUCAUUGUGGUGUUCACGCCCUAAGUAUUGCCAAGCAUUGUUAUGUAUGUACAAGUAUUGCAAUUCUGUCCUAGGUUUGGUACUGAAUCUUAUUUUAACUAUUUUAUACUACCCCACAAAAUAAGAUUUUGUUAGUUUUACCACAUGUAAUAAGAAGCGAGUUUUAUUGUUUGUUAAACUCUGAUAUUUAUGCCAUCAGCGUAUUAACUAGUGCUGACCUACACUGUUACACAAUGAGACAAGCCAAACCUGUUCUAGGGCUAAAUAUAAGGAAAAUGACUGCAGCAUAUUCUGUUGAUGGAGAUGUUAGGGAUAAAUUCUGGAGUAAUUGUACUAAGAUUCAAUAGUUGCAUCAAGAGCUCCUGAAAAACAAGUCCAUAAUCGAACAAGAAGUUGUUCAUCAAUUACAUUUUCCAAUCAGUCAACCUGAGUACUUCUACAAAUCUAAACCUGAAUUAAUAGCUGAUUUUCAGUAUAAUAACAUUGAGAAUUUGAGAGACCUUGGCAGCAAUGAACAAGUCAUUUUUACAAAUGCUGGAAAUUACUUCCAAAUUUAUCUUUCCAAGUUUCCAUUCUAUCUUCAGCUCCUCAAUUUGAAGGGCAUGUUGGGGUGGUUCUUGGAUAUGAACUGGAAAUUGAGGGUUAUGGAAGUUAGGCUGUGAAGCGAAGUAGUGGAACACUUGGACCACUAAGUGCUUAUGGCAGAGUAAAAAAGGAGUUGGAGUAUUUGGACAGCAACAUAUAAAGGUCCACAACAUAAAGAUGACGUACGAAGACCCAAAUGUGGUACUGGGAGAAAACUGUUAUAUGUGUUUGCUUAGUUAUAAGUUAAGGGCAGGAUACUGUCAUUCACGUGUCAGCUCAAGAUAUUCUUUAACUAGUUUUACGUAUCGGGGCCUCGUAUAAACCGAAUACGUAAGCGGAAAAUAUUAUAUGGAAAUGCAAGGUCA